UUGGAAAUUCCUCCAAAGAUUGCACCUUAUGAAAACCCUUACCCUGCAUCAUUGUGCCGCAGCCUUUGCUACACUAGGGUUUCACCUUCAUCCCCAGCAUCUCCGCAAAACCCUAAAUCAGAUUCCGCAACCAUGGUCGCUGGCAAGAAAACCAAGAAGACUCAUGAGAGCAUCAACAAUAGGCUGGCUCUGGUGAUGAAGAGCGGCAAGUACACUCUUGGUUACAAGACUGUACUCAAAACCCUCCGGAACUCCAAAGGGAAAUUGAUUCUUAUCUCCAACAACUGCCCACCGUUGAGGAAAUCGGAGAUUGAGUACUAUGCGAUGCUCGCCAAAGUUGGAGUUCACCACUACAAUGGAAAUAAUGUUGACUUAGGAACUGCCUGUGGGAAGUAUUUCCGUGUUUCAUGCCUCAGCAUUAUUGAUCCAGGUGACUCGGACAUCAUUAAAUCAUUGCCGGGGGAACAUUGAAAAGAUGAUCUUAUCCCUAUAGUCUUCCUUUUGGAUUUGUUGAAAUGUUUCCUGUUUCUAAAUGUAGAACAUUAUAAGAGUCAUGGAAGUUUUGAUCUUGAAUUUUAUUUAUGCUGUGCCACUUCUUACUUUGGUAAUAUUCUCGGAGAAAUUGUUCACCUUUAGUACUGGAUUAUUAUCUAUUCCUUAUAAACUUCCAUUGAAUUUUCA